AACUAUCUCUCACACAAAUCAAGCACUAUUACACACUAAUUACAGUACACAACAAUCAACAACAACGAUACACAACUGCAACGCUUUGGUUUCAUCUUUUUCCAAAUUCUAAAUCCCAUUGCCUAAGUAGAGUAAUUAAUAAAGAGCAAAAAUUUGUAUCUAAUAAAAAAACAAACUAUCGAAAACGCAAUGUCGGAUCUUUUUACCACUCUCGAUAGCAACAGCGGGCAACACGACACACCAAUGGCAUCGCCCUCACAGCACAGCCCCAUGACAAACAACAACAGUAAUUCUUCAUCCACACAGAACGGUGGCGCAACAGCGGCUCAAACAGCCGCUGCUGCUGGUGUUAGUGGUGGUGGUAGUGGUGGUAGCAGUGGUAGUGGCGCUGGUGCAGGGACUAGUGGUAAUAAGGGCACAAGCCACAGUGCAGCAACUGGCGCAGAGAAUACACCUAUGUUAACUAAGCCGCGACUCACAGAACUGGUCCGCGAAGUGGACACCACCACGCAACUGGAUGAGGAUGUUGAGGAACUGUUGCUGCAGAUUAUCGAUGACUUUGUCGAAGAUACUGUGAAAUCUACGAGCGCCUUUGCCAAACAUCGCAAAUCAAAUAAGAUCGAGGUGCGCGAUGUACAACUGCAUUUUGAGCGAAAAUAUAAUAUGUGGAUACCGGGCUUCGGCACGGAUGAGCUGCGUCCGUACAAACGUGCUGCGGUCACUGAAGCGCACAAACAACGUUUAGCCUUAAUUAGGAAAACCAUUAAGAAAUACUAGAGGUGCAGGACGUGCGGUUCGCGUGGUAUCUGAUUUGUAGGAUAUUCUUUAUUUUCAUUUUCAUAAGACAACACUCCACUUUA